CAGCAAAAUGGCGUCUUCGUUUUGCUGGGAAAGUAAAAUUAAAGAGAAGUUUGAUGUUAACUUUAGGCUAUCGCGCGUGACAUGUAAAUAAUAAACGAGAUUUCGUUUAUGUAAUAUUAAAGGAACUAUUCUGACCUUUAUAAAACAACAUAUUUCGAAUAUUCGAUGAGUUUUCGGUGAUACGUUUCUGACAGCGUGUCCGCAAUGGCCGAUGACUCUACUUCUCUGCCUAAAAGGCGUCAAUUGCGGGAAAGAACUAGAAAGUUGUAUACAGAUGACUGGACCAUAGGCGAUGAGGAAAUCGAGGGUCGCAGAACUUUUCAACUCGAUGAAAAGAUUGAAUGUGAAAGAUACAAUCUUAAUAAUUUCACCGGAUUAUUCCGUGAAAUGAUUGGUUCCGAACUAAACCUAGCUUACCUGCAAAAGCAUGGUCUCAGUAUACCAUUACUUUUUAGAGAUAAAUCUGGACUAGGAUUACGGGUUCCUAGUUCAAAUUUCUCUGUCAAUGAUGUGAGGACAUGUGUUGGUUCUAAAAGAGUAUUAGAUGUAAUGGAUGUUAACACACAAAAGAAUGAAGAUAUGACAAUGAAAGAAUGGCAAAAGUAUUAUGAAGAUCCUAAUAAGGAACGGUUAUUAAAUGUAAUAUCUUUAGAAUUUAGCCAUACCAAAUUAGAAAAUUAUGUACAAUCACCUGCAUUGGUAAGACAAAUUGACUGGGUUGAUGUUGUGUGGCCAAGGCAUUUGAAGGAAGCACAAGUGGAAUCUACAAAUCUUUUAGAAGACAUGAUGUAUCCAAAAGUGCAAAAGUACUGUUUGAUGUCUGUAAAAGGUUGUUACACGGACUUUCAUGUUGACUUUGGAGGAACUAGUGUUUGGUAUCAUAUAUUAAGAGGUGGAAAAAUAUUUUGGCUUAUUCCACCUACUGAUAAAAACUUAGCUCUUUACCAAGAAUGGGUAUUGAGUGGCAAACAGUCAGAUGUGUUCUUUGGAGACAUGGUAAACAGAUGUGGCAGGAUAAGUCUAACAGCUGGUAUGACAUUGUUUAUCCCAACUGGUUGGAUUCAUGCUGUUUAUACGCCUCAAGAUUCUUUAGUUUUUGGUGGAAAUUUUUUACACAGUUUUGGUAUUGAAAAGCAGCUAAAAGUUGCACAAGUAGAAGAACACACUAAAGUUCCACAAAAAUUCAGAUAUCCAUUUUUCACUGAAAUGUUAUGGUAUGUUUUGGAGAGGUAUGUACAUGUUCUCUUAGACAGAAGUCAUCUGGACAUUACCGAAUCACAACGUCAACAUUUAGUUUCACAACACAAUCAACAUUUGCACUUAACACCAUUUGAAUUACACGGUUUGAAAGCAAUAGUUAUGUAUUUACAUUUGCUACCUUCUACUAAGAAGAAUGUGCCUGAACUGAUCCGCGAUCCUGUUGCCUUAAUUCACGAUGUUCGAUGUCUAGUUGAACAACAUAGACAUGAUAAUCCAGAAGCAGCUGUAACAGGAAAUCCUGUUUUGCCACCUCCGCCUGCAUUGACAAUUGCAGAAAGGGAGCGCUUGAGAGUAACUAAGAAAAGUUUUGCAAAGAUACAGAGGCAUCACUCACAGGAAAAGUCCGAAAGAGCUUUCCCGCGGCGAAGACGUACUAGGUGUAAAAAGUGUGAAGCGUGUACACGAACUGAUUGCGGGGAAUGUAUGUAUUGCCAAGAUAUGGUGAAAUUUGGUGGAAGUGGUCGCGCCAAACAAACAUGCUUAAUGAGACAAUGUCUGAGGCCUAUGCUCCCAGUCACAGCAGCUUGUAAAGUUUGUCGAUUGGAUGGCUGGGGACAGCCACCUGCGCCUUUGAUGGGCAAACCAACACCGACAGCUCCGUCAAGUUUAGUAGAAUGUUCGAUAUGCUUUGACAUUGUUCAUCCUGAGUGCAUAGGAUUGAGCCAUCAAAGUAUAACCGUUAGCGAUGAUUUACCAAACAGUUGGGAGUGCCCUGAAUGUUGCGAAAGUGGUCGAAAUCUAGACUGCAGACCACGUCAACCUAAGGCUCGUGCUCGGAAACUUUCUGUAUCUAGUGCAGCUUCGUCAGCACCGACAACAGAUUCCGAACGAGCCACUACACCAAGUAAACGUUCAAGAUCCGAUCCCAGCGAUGCAUGGAAUGACAGAGAACCGGCUGAGGGUGAACAGCGAACAGCUUUACGUACGCAAUUAGCUGUACAAUUAACUGGUUCAAGUAGUAAAUCAUUGAAGAGGCCCCACGUGGUAGUUAGGCCUGUUCCACUUCCGCCUGUUCAAAGACCAGGGCCCGAUUUUAAUGGACAAUCUUUAGCGUAUGACAAAACAGCAUUACUUGCUAUUUUUAGAUUUUUAAAUGCAAAGGACCUGGCGAAUUGUGCCUUGGUUUGCCGUACAUGGGCCAGAUAUAGCAUAGAUCCUAGUUUGUGGAGAAAAUUGAACAUGUCUCAUUCUCACCUGACAGCUUUACAUUUAACUGGUAUUAUACGCCGGCAACCGGAACAUCUGUCCCUCGAUUGGACAAAUGUCACUAAAAGACAAUUAGCCUGGCUGUUAUGUAGAUUGCCGCAACUAAGAACGUUAUCUGUGCAAGGUUGUACGUGGGCUGGAGUCUGUGCUUUAAGAACUUGUACUUGCCCGCCACUUAUUACCUUAGAUCUUAGUCAUGUGUCUGGACUGAAUGAUUCAAAUUUAAGGGAAGUCCUCAGUCCGCCUACAGAUUCGAGACCAGGUUUAAUCGAUAAAACUUCGAGAUUAAAACAUCUUAAGAACUUGUCUUUGGCUGGAUGCGAUAUCACUGACAUAGCUUUGAGAUACAUAGUUCAACAUUUACCCUAUCUCGAAACAUUGGAUCUCUCGUCUUGCGGCAGGGUUACAGACGCUGGUGUCGCUCAAUUAGCAACUCCAUCGGCGCAAACAGUAACGAACCUGACGUCACUGAAUUUGUCGAAUUGUAGACUACUCACGGAGACAACGUUAGAUCAUUUGGUGAGAUGUAAAGUGCUUAAACGUUUGGACUUAAGACACACCACUCAAGUUUCAACGCAGUCUGUAAUUAAGUUUGCUGCGAAAAGUAUUCAUAAUUUGCAUGUAACGGACGUUAAGCUGGUGGAAGAAAAAAAGUUCAAAGCAGAAGUUAAAGUUACAUGAAAUAAUAUAUCUGGCCACCAUGAACAUUUUCUCAAGUACAAUUCGGUCACGUUAUAGAAGCACGAAAAAACGAUAAACGAUUAGACAACGCCGAAUAUCGAUUAGCAAUUAUUUAUUAUCGUAAAAAUGCAUCAGCACCGUAUUGCGUCGUCAUAAUGUAAGGAAAUGGACCUGACUAGUGUAGGAUUUCUAUUUCAUAAUGUUCAGUUUUACCGAUAUCACUGUGCAAUCUGGGCAGUAACUACAUGUAAAUGAUUCGAAAUGACCAAGGAAUGUUUUAUUUUCUUUGCUUGAAUUUUCAUAGAUGCUGUCUUCCUUUGUGCCUGGAUAGCUCUGUGCAUAUUCCUGAGAUAUUUUAACGAAUACAGGAUAUUAAAUAAGUAAUGAAAAUUUUAAAUGAUACUUAUGUUUGAUUAAUAUGUCGUAGCAUAGCGAUUUUUAACCUGUCUAGUACACAUUGAGGUUAUGUACAGGCUUACAAAAAGAAAUGUUAAGUUCAUCUACGUUACACUGAUCGUGUAACUAAAGUCAUUACUCGCUUAAUAUUCAGUAUUCUACUAGAUCGAAGACACAUAGGUGCAUCGGUAUAGAAGUUUUUGCUGUCACGUUGCCAAAAAAGCGAACGUACAGUGUUUGUUUUAUAAUUCUAUACGGGUGCAAAAAACACGAAUGCGGGUAAAGAGAAUAAACGUUAACGUCCGUAGUCUUCUAGACAAGACUCCGCGGAUUAGCAUAUCGACGUUAUUAAUCGCCGAUAUAUUACUAGAAAAAGAAAGAGAGAAGUAUAUUUAUUUGUAUGUGUGUUUGAAUAAAUUUCGAACGCGAGGAUCACUAACUAACGCGAAAGUCACAAAACUAAAGCAGCCUGUUGACCAUCUAAACUCAUAUUCUAAUUAUAGAAAUGAAAGCGCGCAAUGAAGUAUAUUCAACUAUACCAUUUCAUAAUAUUAGAUAGGUAAUCAAUAUUACACCG